AUGGUGCCUCUCUUACUCUUAUGCUGGGCUCUUUUCGGCCUGGCAAUAGCGCAAACGGACUGCAAGAAGAGCUCGCCGGAGUUUAGCUUGCCCUCAUGCAUGGAGAAAUGCUUCCUCACCGGAGGAUGUGGCGGCUGUCCAUGCGCCAAUAACCUCAAAGGGUGGUGCGAGAUCAGCAGCGGAGAAGGACCAGACAGUUGGUUCGCCCGGUGGGGCCAGUGUGUACUCGGGGCGUGCCCGGAUGACGGAGAUAUCACCAACCUAAUGCUGCUCUAUGUGGCGCAGUGUGAUGACACUGUUGGUGGGCCGCUGAACAACGACACCGUGCCGUAUCCGCUGAGGGACUGGGCACCAAAGGCGCCGCAGUACCUGUCGCAAAGCUCGAAUUCCCCUCUCGACACAGUGACUUCGAGUGAGAGUCGGCCGGUUGCAACCCUGACGGGCGUUUCUCCGACCGCGAUCGCAAGCUUGGGGUCCACGACAGUCAGUACAAAUGACAGCGACGCCACUGUUCUCGACGACAAAGCCUCAUCAUCCUCGUUCGCAAUUGGCCCAGCCUCUGCCACACCCAUAGUCCAGGAUAUAUCUAAACCGGCUCUGAGCGUUGCGGCAAUCAUUGGCGUUGCAGUCGGUGGCGCGGUACUCCUCGCUCUCGUGAUCGGUUUCGUUGCAUUCGUCUUGCGCCACCGUAAACGCAAGCAGCUCUCAACAUCAGUCUCACCACCGAGUUGUGAGGGUGUUGAUACUAAAGAAGGGUACGAUAAGCCGGAGCUGGACGGUCAGGUGCGGGCGUAUCAGUAUUCGAAGACUGAUGUAGGUGCACCUGCGCGUAUGCCAGUCGUGUAUGCUGAGCUGGAUGAUGGUAGAUCUGCGAGCACUGCAAGGGAGCUGCCUGAUCGACCUUGA